GCCCCCACCACUACCACCCACAUCUCCAAUUUGAAAGCCGCCUCUCUACCGGGAGAGGAAGGCUCUUUUUCGGUCAGAUGGCGUGCUGCAGUCCGCCCCCGUCAUUCUCCAGCCCACACAGACAGGGCAGCCAGCAACCAAUACGCUGCGCCGGAGGAGGAUUUCUGCCAGUGAUUUCAGACGAGGUACGAUACGCAAAGGGGAUUUACUACGCCAAUCUGAGCCAGGGAAGAUUUCGGCAAUCGGUAACUGGUUUCACUCCGGGAGUAACGACCUGUGACAUCGGUAAUUGGGAGAGACAUCUUUCCGUAAAAACACGUUGCACAUCAGUCUACUUGAACUGGAAAGAGCUUUGUGCCAUGUCUCUGCCACGCACACUUGGGGAGUUGCAGCUCUAUCGGGUGCUGCAGAGGGCCAACCUGCUGGCCUAUUAUGAAACCUUCAUCCAGCAGGGUGGUGACGAUGUGCAGCAGCUCUGUGAGGCAGCAGAGGAGGAGUUUCUGGAGAUCAUGGCACUAGUUGGCAUGGCCACCAAGCCACUGCAUGUGCGUAGGCUCCAGAAGGCCCUCCGAGACUGGGCAGCGAACCCUGCCCUUUUCAGCCAGCCCGUUUCCAACGUUCCUCUCGGUGGCAUCCCGCUGUUCAAAGUGGAUGGGACGGGCAGUGGAUCAGCAGGCGGACCCAGGAAAUCAGUGAGCAACGGGCAGCCAGGGUCACCGUGUGAAAGAGAAGAUCGGGCAUGUCUUACUCCAAUGCACAGUGGAAGUCCAAGAAGCCCUAGCUCUCAGGCUUCCCCCCAGCCGCCAGACACACACUACAGGGAAAAACUGUCUCCUAUGGACCCACACUGGCUCAGCCCAGAGCCUGAUGGGAACUGCACCUUGGCAUCUGCAUCUGGACUAGAGGAGGAGCCACCCAGCCCGCCUCUGCUGUCAACGUGUCCUCCAGGUCCCUCCACGUCUCCUAGCCCCUCUGCUUCAUUUGCCCUGUCGGCCCUCUCAGCCUGGCCCGGAGGACAGCUGGAUGGGGAGACGGCAAGGGCGGUGGUGGAGAGUGUGGAGAGGCUCCUCAGGACUCUGCCCAGGUCAGAUCCUGCAGAGGUGAAGACUCUGCUUAGGAUGAACAAGAAGAUGGCAAAGGCUGUGGGACACAUCUUCAAAAUGGGGUCCCAGGAUGUGAACAAAGAAGAAGAGAUCCGGAAGUACAGUCUCAUUUAUGGCCGCUUUGACUCCAAGAGGAGAGAGGGGAAGCAGCUCACACAUCAUGAGUUGAUCAUCAAUGAAGCUGCAGCCCAGUUCUGUAUGCGCGACAAUGCCCUUUUGCUGAGACGGGUGGAGCUCUUUUCUUUAGCUCGGCAGGUGGCGAGAAAAUGUGCCUACACCUCCACACUAAAGCAUGCAAGGACAAAUGCAGAUGAGAACAGUGUAGUGUCUCAGAAGAGAGCGAGACAUGAGGUAAUCGGGCCUGAGAGUGUGUCGUUGGUUCUUGGAGUUGAGGGCUCGGAGGGCUUGGCCCAGAGGGCAGAUGAUGACAGCUUAUCUGCAGAAAGCCUUGACAGUGUGUCUCAUGACAUCGGCUCACAGUGCAACCAGUCUCCAUCCCCCCGUCCCCACACCGACACGUCCAACCCUGCCAACUGGAGUCGCCAUCUCAUACAGCAAACCCUAAUGGAUGAAGGGUUGCGAUUGGCUCGGAUGGUGUCACAUGAUCGGGCUGGCAAGAUCAGCCUAGGGUCAGAAAGAACACACUCUACAGACCAUGACAGUAAAGUGGAGAGGCAGAGCUUGAUAACAGCAUGCAGGAGCAGCAGCCCUUGCAUCACCAAAGAUGAUUCUAAUCACCGGGGGAAAUGAAAACGCUCAUCUUUUGUCAGGGAACUUUUCCUCAGGCCUGCCACUGAACUCCACUCAGUCUGCUUGACUGGCUGCUAUUAAUGCCGACGUCUGAUGAGAGAGAAGACUCUUUUCGACUUCAAAAUCAAUGCAGUGAUUGUCCAAAUUUACCAGCCACUGAUCUCAUGAACCUGCAGUGACUCCUAAACAAUGACAUUUUGGAUCAGAAAUGUUCUGAUUUGACUUUAUGUUCAGUAAAUGUUUAGGGGAGACACUUUUUGUUGAUUUUCUUUCUACAAAUCCUGCAGAUUUGAGCUGAUAAUGGAAUAAUGUACGGAUGUUAUUCAGUUAGUUAGUUCAUUUAUAGUUCUGUGUGUUGACAGGGCCAUCUGUUUCAGAUGGGUUUGACACAGCAGGGGGCACUGCUACUUAAAAAUUGACAACUUACAGUAACAUACUGGAGGAAACUAAGGAAACUUAGUUUCAUUGGAAGACUUUUAUGUAAAUUUUCAGCAACUCAUAAACUAAAAAAAACUUUCAGCAGCUCUUUGCUCUCAGGAAAAAUGGAUAAUCAGUUUUUUUAAGUCAGCGUAUACGAUUUAAAGAUAGAGAUAUAUAUCCACAUCGAUGGAUUAAUGAAUGGCACAUGAUCUAAAUUUCCCAGAGCGUACAAUCAAACCGCUGUCGGGUUCAGAGACCUAUUGUCCUUUACUGCAUUGUCUAAUCACCCAUGAGUUUUAAAAAUACAUUGCUGAGGGAUAUGAGAUAUAAAGGUCUUCAUCUUCCUCUCCCUCACAACUUUCUCUAAUAUUUUGCACUGGCAACUGAAAUGCUGUUUUGUAAGAGACAAUACUUCACGCUUUUCAUUAUUUUGAAUUAUGUGAAAAUGUAUGCAGAACACCUAAAUAAGAACACUGAUGCUUUAUUGUGUCCAGUCGACAGUUAACCUCUCAGUUGCCUCUUUCUACACAUCAGGUGUCAGUAUCAGCUCCAGGGUCUUGCUCCAAGGCCCGUCAGCAGGAAGGAUGCUGGCUGUCAUCAGUGGCGCUCAUCUUUACUUUAAUGUUGCUCCCAAAAGGUGCGACUGUACAGCCUAUGAAGAGACUAUAUUCAAAACUAAUUAGCAAGAUUUAGAGAAUGAAAAAUAUUUACCACAGCAUUUUCAAACAAUUUGGUGAUUAUUGUUGAUUUUUAAUGCCAUUUUAUGUAGGUGUAGCGGAAACAUAUGGCAGCGUGUUGUUGGGAGGAUUUCUGUAGUCUAAGAUAUUAAUUAUGGAUCGUAUGUCAGUUUCCCUCUUUGGUCCUUUAAGACUUAUUAAUUAGGGUGACUAAUCUUUCUUUAGACAUUAAAAAACCACACAUGCAGAGGUUUACAGGAAGAAAUCUCAUGGUGCUUGACUCCGGAUACAGCAGCUCCUGCAAGAUCCAUCAGCCUAUGUGUCCCUGUUUAAAAUUAAUACAAUGUAUUCAGACUUUAUGUAACGACAAGGCUUGUGUAUACUUAAUCACAGAGUGUGUCCGUGAGGUAGCCCGCUGUGCAUCAGUUACACCUGCCUGUCUUUUGAGCAUUAGUAACCUCCUCAGUUUAUUAUGUUGCAAAACAGAUUAUUUAUUUUGUUACAUUUCAAUAAAUGUUAUUUUAUUGCUUAAA